AUGACUACCCUAUCAAACGAAAACUUUUCUUUUGAGCAAGUAGAAGCUGGCCAAUUUGAAAAUAAGACCAGGAGUUUCAGAGAAGCCUUGAAAGAGUACCUUUUGUCCGGACAACAGAAGGGAGGGAAUAGUUUCGCAUUACAACACGAUUACGAUUAUACAAACAAGAAAGAAAAAUAUCAAAUUACGAUUAGUCGUGAUGGAAAGUUUGUUGCAACGCUCGACACAGAAAACCUUCGGAUUAAGGUUUUAAAAAAUACUGAUUACCGCGGAAGUCAUCAAAAGACAGUUGUCUCCAAUCAGAAUGAAAGUGAAAUAAUUGAUGAGCGAAUUGCGCUUUUUAAAAUAAAUCACAAUUUAACUAUUAAUAAAAUUUACAAAAAGGGCGAAAUGCCUCCACGUUAUAAAAAGGUCAAAUCUUAUGAUGAUAUCACAGAAUACAUGGAAGAGGAUGUUAAUGACAUUUCAAGUACCGACGAAUUAUCUGAAACAAUUAAUAACAACUCAAAUAAUCGAUUCAGAUGGUCGCUCGAUAUAUCAAACAUGGAUGGAAAAUUUCUUUUUGUAGCGAUAUCUUACAUAGACGUUGAGGAAGAUAUGAAAUGUUUAGAAAAAAAGAGCAAGCGUCAGAUGUUUGAUUAUAAGAAAAUUAAAGUGCAGGAGGCAACUUACCAUGAGAAAAACAAUAGCUACACGAUUAAUGUCCCUCAUGAUACUCCGGAAUUCCACACGGGGAUUGCGAUAUAUCGUCUUAGAUUAAAGAAAUCAAGGAAUGGCGACCAGAAUGAUCCCGAGGAGGAAAGCUAUGUUGUUGAUAAAGGUUAUUUUUGGAAUAAUUUGUCGGGAAUUUGUAGAUUUAUAGAAAAUUUUGAUCCGAAUUCGAUUUCUAAUAAUAUUGAUACCCCGGAUUAUAUUUUGACAAGAUUUAUAGCAUUGAACUUUGACGGCAUAUUUAACUUUGAAUAUCACAAGUAUCAUAAGAAUUUUCUUUUGAAUGAAAGGUUUCAUUAUCCGAAAAUCAUCAAGAAUGAAUUAAAGAAUUGGCAUACAAAACAAAAUUUACCCGACUGCAUGAACCGUCUUCUUUCGUGUAUUUAUGAUAAGUACUUUUUGGUCGAACAUUACAAAAACAACGCACAAUUUCUUGAAGUUUAUGAUCUGGCGGAUAUGAAAUUAGAAAGUAGUGCGAAAAGAAUCGAAAGUAAUAAUAACGUCAUAAGAAAGUACAAUAGAAAUUCUUUUUCAAUCGAUAAACAGAAGCUGCAACUUUGUUUUACCCGAGGACAAUCCGUUGAAAUAUACUUUAUGGAGAACGGCUUGGAGAUCUCAUCUAGAAAUUUUGAGGAACUUGAAAAAAUAUAUUAUCUAGAAUUUAUCGAAAAUGAUGAGAAACUACUUUUGAUUGGCAGUGAUGAAGAAAAUAAUCAAAAGAUUAUUGUGUGGGAUUUGUAUAAUACAGAUAAGAUUGAAACAUUACACUUGGACAAAAAACUUAUGAUACAAGAUUUUGAUUCUCACUUGGCUAGAACGUCCGGAAAUCUUUUAAAGGUUGAUGAUAAAGGAAAUGUUAUCUCAGUGCUCAAGAUGAUUGAAAAUAAAUUAAAAAAGGAAACAAGGGAGGAAAUAUUUCAUGAAAAUCUAGUAGAGUAUAUUACAGAAAUUGAAAAAGAGCCUAUAUUUAAAGAAGUAUUGUGGCAGGAGAAGCACACAAUAUUCUUUUAUGAGGCCUAUGAUGAAAUUAAUUUCAGGCCAUUAGUUAAUGAAACAGAACCAUGGGUAAUGGACAAUUAUGACGAAUUUUCUUUUUAUCUUUGUAAUAAUGAAACAGAAGCUUUGCAGCUUAUAGUUGGAAGAUCUACCGUCCAAAUCUGGCAUAAAAUUCUAUCGGAUCCUAAAAGUAAUGGAAAAGAGAAGGAGAAACUUCCCAAUCAAGGAAAUGUAUUCCUUGAAUUUAUUUGGACGAAUGGUAUUCCAGUAAAACAAGAAAAUAAAGAAAAUAGAUUACGAAUUGAAAAGGUUCAAUUUGGUUAUGAAGAAAAGAUGAAAAAUAUGGAAAAAAUUAAAGGAAAAUCAUUAAAAAGAAGAACAGUUAAGUGGGAAGAUAUUAAUGAGAAUAUAAAGGGAAUAAGAUAUUCUUGCAAAGCAUUAGAGCAUCUUAAUAAGCGUGCAAGAUCUCUUUAUGAAAAUAUGGUUAUGUACAUUAAUCAUAUAGUUUGGAGAUAUAUUAAUCAUAAGCCAGAUCAAUAUAGAUUACUAGAUGUUCGACAUAAUGUUAUGAAAAACUUAAUCCUUGGUGACUGUGAUCAUUUAAUUAAGUAUAUUUUAUUUGGAAAAAAAUUCACAAUCAAGCACAUACCAAGGAACAUAUUGUGGCAAAGGAAAGAAGAUAAAUAUAUACAGGCCGAUGAUCUUGAGCCUUUUGAUAACGAUGAAGAAUCAAAAGAUAUUGAAGAAAUAUUGCCAAAAAAUGAUAUGGAAUUGGCGAUUUAUCAUUGCAAAGGACGUGAACUAAGGGACACAAUCAUGGUUGCAUAUCUUUUGGAAUAUUAUUCAAGACAUGCAAAAGAUUAUGCUGGUUGGAUGAGUACUGUUUCCAAGUCACUUCCUUUGUUAUACAAAUAUGAUUAUGAUGAUUAUACCAGAAAGUUAUUUCGUAAAGAAUGUUUUGCGGAUCAAAAUCAUUUUUCGGCACAAGAUUCUCAUGAAAUUAUUCCAAAAAAAUACAGUAUACAACGUAGUAAUAAUCCUGAAUUCAAGGCAUUUAAACCUAUAGACAAACUGAAGUCAGAUAGAGAAUCAUACAAUUCAAAUUGGAAAGCAAUAAAAUCCGUCAAACAUAAAAUGUCCUUAUGGCUUGAAAACUUUGAUAAUGCUAAUGGAAAACCACCAUUAGCUUUACGUGUUGUACCCCUUCCCGGGUUUAUCACACAUACAAUCAAAGCAGAAAAUGUUAAUUAUUAUUUUAGAAAAAAUCUUAUAAACAUUAUUUGGUUUAUGUUUUUACCACGAUGGUAUAAAAUUAGUCGAAAUGAAAAGGAUAAAUUAAGUCCAUUUUCAAGAGUGAUUCGAUACGAGAAUAAUGAUGAUAUGUUUGAUAACCCAGCGACAGAAGCGUUGGGCAUAUAUGCAAUUUACUUUUUCACUGCUAAAAUGAUACAGCUACAUUUUUAUGGAGUGAGGAAAUUUUUUAGUGAUACAUUUAAUUAUUUUGAUAUAUGUUCGGUUUUAAUUCCCGUAAUAGUAAUGACAAUAAUUCUUGUCAAUUCAUUUGACUUUUCCGAGAGCUUUGGGAGUAUUCUAGCUGUAGACUCUCAAUUGGUCAUAGGAAUAUCCUUCUCAAUUCUUUUAAUUUGGAUAGAAGUUAUUUCAUAUCUCCGUUUAAUAUCAAUCAUUGCCUUUACGCAUACAAUGUUCAUAUUGCUUAAAGAUCCAGGUGUUGAUGUUAAAACUACUACAAUAAGUGGUGUUGCCACUUCUGAAAACACCAAUGAAGUUUUUAAUGUUCAACUUAUAAAUGAUUUUGAUCGUACAGAUCCAGUUGACAAUCCAUACUCUUACUUUCCAACCGCGUUAGAAGCUUCCUAUUUUUGGAUAAAUGGUCAAUUUGUUCAAAGAGAUGAUUUUGAUUCGUGGGCCGUUGAGGCAUUUACUUUGCUUGCUAGCAUCAUGCUUGUUACCGUUUUACAGAAUAUUUUAAUUGCUAUUAUGGGUGGUGUUUACGGGGAAGCAGCAACUAAGGGCAGACAAGCUUUAUUAAGGUUUCGAGCAAACCAAAUAGCAGAUUAUGAAGCAUUACAUCACAUUCAUUUUCGAACCCAGGAACCGGAACCGAAAUACAUUUAUUAUAUCGGCCAAGCAAAAAAUUUUGAGGAAUGGUACAAGAGCCGAAAGGGUGAUCGAGGUCCGAUAUAUAAAGAAUUUGAAGAAAAGUCCACUUUUAAAAGAUACAAUUUCAAGGAAUCAAAUUUUGACAAAGUUUCAAUUUGGAAAUUUGAUGAUAAAUCUAAGAAAGAUAAGAAGAAGGAAGGAAAAAUUGAGAAAAGUUUAAAGUCAUCACAGGUAACAGAUAUAGAUGAGGAGUCGUCCAAAGGGAAACAUUCCGCGCAAGAUACAAUAGAAAAGGAUCAUGAAGCUAUUGAUAGGGAAAUUCAGGAAAUUGAACAAUUGAGACGUGACAUGAAUUCUUUAGUUGAUAAAUUAUUAGGAAAACUCAACAAUCAAAAAUUUAAUUUAUAG